GAAUUGUUGUGUCCUUCUUAUGGAAAGCUCUGCGAAGAUGCAGAAGUCCUACGCGUACUUCUGUGAUGCUAUGAAGAAGAUGGUUUUGUAAAGAACAGCUGACUAUCAAUGCGAAAUCAGGGUUUUAAAGAGACUGUAAUGCCUAUAGCUCAGAAUUCGAAGGACCAUUGUUAAGGGGCGGGCGCUACUUUCUCAUCAAGAUAUUUUUUCUCUUGACUGACAGAGCCCACUUAUAGCAACAAAAUGAACACUUCUUCAACAAGUACUCCUCCCAAUAACGAAAUUUCAAGUGCUGUUAGUCGCAAAUCUUCUUCUACCAAUAGCCUUUCUAGGUUUUCCCUCAAUCUACUUAUACAGUACAUUGAGAAUGUUUUGUCUGCUAUCACUAGCCAGGGCUUGGGCUGCAAAAUAAUUGACAGUGGCACAGAGCUAAGGGAUUUAGUGCAGCCUGUUGCCUCAGAUUUUUCUAAAUUAUUUGAAGGCAUUUCAGAGGGAGCAAAAAUGUUUUCGGAUCAGAAAUUUUUGAAGUCCCGGCUUUCUGCUGAAGCACAUUCAAUGGCGGUUGACGUGUUGAAAGGAUUGGGGAAUGCACAUUGGGUUGCAGCGGGGCUGUUAGCGAUAGCCAAUGUUUUAGAAAGAUUCGACAACAUCUCUAAAAUGGAUAGAGAAUGCAUCGACCUUCUCAAAGAUAUGCUUAAGCUAGGUAAAUAUUUGAAGCAAAUGAAAGACCUCAAUGUUAAAUUCCACAUAGAGGUUUUGGACGAUAUGCGUGAAGCUGUUCAAUUGAUACUUUCUGGUGCAAUUUUGUGUCGUUCCUUUAUCGCAUCGAAUAAAUUAUCCAAGUUCCUCUUGACCAAGAAGAUCCGUGAUGAACUUGUCUAUGUUCGCGGAAAAGUAAAUGCUAUGAAAUCCGAUCUUCAGGGUCACAUGCAACUUCUGAUAAUGAAGACAGUUACCUUCAUCCAAGAGCAAUAUAUUAGUACAGGUCGAAACGAGGAGUAUAGCUGCCUUGGAAUAACAGAACAAUACCAAUCCACCGAUACACAUUGUGAGAUGGAGCAGAUCUGUAAAACAGAGCUGGAUGGAUCAGAGUCAAACACUGUUCCUUCUCAGGGACAAGACAACUGUAAUGAGAUAAAUGGGUACACACAACUGGAAAUGCCAUUUCGUAGCUCUUUCCAGCUGGGUAAAUUUCUUAGAAAAAAAUUUCCAACUAUAUUUAGACGGCGGCCAAAAUUUUCACUUCAUCUAGAAUCACAAUUGUUGGUGAAGGAAAUCCACCCAUCUUUCACUAAGUUCAAAUUCGACGAAUUGCACAAAGCAACAAAAGGGUUUAGUCAAAAACUUGGAGAAGGGGCCUUCAGCUCUGUUUACUACGGAAUUCUGUCUAAUGGAAGACGAGUGGCGGUAAAGAUCUUGAGGACUAAAAGUCUCCAAGGCGAAAGAGUGUGGGUGAACGAGCUGAGGACUCUAUCAAAGCUAUGCCACCAAAGCAUCAUCGAGCUGGUGGGAUAUUGCUAUGAAGACGAGAUGAUGUUAGUCGUUGACUAUAUGCCACAAAACCUGCACAAAAUUAUUUUCGGAGAAGAUGUGAUGAUUAUUGACUGGCCAACAAGACACAAUAUUAUAUUAGACAUCAUAAGGGUACUCAAAUAUCUUCACGAUGGGUGUAUAGUGCACAGGGACAUUAAACCCAUGAACAUUCUUCUCGAUCAAAAUUUGAAUGUCAAGAUUUGUGAUUUUGGCAUUGCUCGAAUACUGCAACCGGGAAAUGCCAACAUGGAGAUUUCUACAGAUGGAGUUUUUUGUCCUGAGGAUAUAUAUGAUACAUCAGAUGUUUGCGGAACACUUGGUUACCUAGAUCCCGAGUAUUUUUCUACUAACUGUUUGACUCCGAAGACAGACAUUUACAGCUUUGGAAUACUGCUGUUAAAUGUCGUAUCUGGCAAAGAAGCUAUUGAUUGGAAGCACAGGAUCUUCUUUCUCGUCAAGGAAGCGUGGGGGUUAUGUGAAGAGGAUCGCCUUACAGAGCUAAUAGACCCUGGAUUACUCAACACAGAUGGUCUAAUUAACUCAAGCAGCAUAGUAAGGACAAUCAAAAUAGCUCUUUGGUGUGUUAUAGAGAAAUCUGAAAUGCGUCCAUCAGCGUCACGAGUGUUAACGAUGCUGUCCUCAGAAGAGGAGAUUCCAAUUCCCACACCAGAUCAAUCAUUUUACGAGUACUACUCAGAAGAUGAGAUUUCCUCUGUUACCGAUUCCCAUAUCUCAGAGGAGGAGAUUCCAAUUCCCACACCAGAUCAAUCAUUUUACGAGUACUACUCAGAAGAUGAGAUUUCCACUGUUACCGAUUACCAUACCUCAGAGGAGGAGAUUCCAAUUCCCACACCAGAUCAAUCAUUUUACGAGUACUACUCAGAAGAUGAGAUUUCCUCUGUUACCGAUUACCAUACCUCAGAGCAAGAGAUUCCCGACCCUACCUUACCAGUUGAAUCACAUUUUGAUCACGUUGUUGCUAAUCACAAUUCCUUAGUCAAGAAAACUGAACAAUCUGUUACAAAGUGGUCAGAUGCAUCUCCUAAAACAUUGAAAAUACUGUGUGUUUUAUCACUUGUAAUUUUCAUUUGCCUUUUUAGAGCGUUUACAAAUGUACCUCAUCUGUAAUACAGGCGAAGCGAGCGUUAUUUUGACCUCCCCUGCAUUCAUAUGAAGGAAGGCUUAUUUCUAAGAAUAAAUUAUUUGUAAAACUUGAUAGUUUAUAAUUUGUUGAGCAGCCUUUUAUAAAAUUUGAUCUUUAUACCUUAUAUAAAGAUGAGGUAUAAAAUUGCUUUCAA